GCGCGCUGACCACUCAGGCGCGUGUCAACCCGGUUUCGCGCCCCCUCCGAACGGAUUCCUCGUUGUAUUGGAGAACGGCGAAUUCGGAGCUCGACGCGACGCGCGGAAAGCGCGCGCGAGACUCGAUCAAAACGCGUGUGCGUAACGUAUAAACGCGUCCAAUAAAAUGCCCGCCUAUCGCGAGAUUAUACCGUUAUCGUUUCGACGGAGCUUGGUACACACUCGCGGCGGCGCGGCGUGUAUAACGGUCGAGACGCAUUUAUGCCGUACCUUUUGGCGAAUGUUGCGUCCCCAGUGGUGUACGUUCAACUGAAAUCGCGGCUCGAUCCCGAGUUAAACAAAGUGCGAGGAAUCUACUCCGACGUCUCCGACUGUCGCUGUUGCAACAUUCGAUAUAUACUUCUGAUGGUGAACGCCCGAUAUUGACAUCAUUUGAUCACGGUUAUCUGAUCGAGACCUGGCCGAGUACGAUCGCCCCGUUCGAUAGUGGCGAGACCAGUAGCAAGUGAAAACUGUGAAAAGACUGUUCUCAUCGUGCGUAAAGAUGUUCGCCGAAUACGCACCCUUCACGACCAAGUACUUCUAUCACAUACUCGUUAUCGUCGUCUCAUUUAUCUUGUUUAAAAAAUUCUUCGAACGACCAUCAGCCAAGGGAACCGCACAAAGUGGGACGUAUGCAUUUACGGCAUCUGACGAAUCCACGGACCCGAGUGAAAGUAAUGUCGCAGCGGACAAUUCUACGUCUCAAAUGGAUAAAACAUCGUGUGAAGUGGAGCCCGCUUUAUCGCGCGAUCUCAAGCACAUACCGUAUCACUACGUCCGGAAGUCCGAAAAGGAGUUAUUAGCCCAUGCGUCAGAAUUUUAUCGAAUAGUUGCGGCGAGGCGGACCUUGAGAUUCUUCAGCACGGAUCCCGUCCCGAGGGAAGUUAUCCGUGAAAUUAUAAGGGCCGCAGGUACCGCUCCCAGCGGCGCGCAUACAGAGCCAUGGACCUUUGUUGCGAUAUCUAAUCCGACUGCGAAAUUGAAAAUCAGAAAAAUCGUGGAGCAAGAGGAGGAAAUCAAUUACAAGAAGAGGAUGGGUAUAAAAUGGACGACCGACUUGUCUCCACUAAGGACCAAUUGGAUAAAGGAAUAUCUGACCACAGUUCCAUACCUGAUACUUGUGUUCAAGCAAAUUUACAGCACUUUGCCAAACGGACAGAAAAAGAUUCAUUAUUAUCAUGAAAUGAGUGUUUCUAUCGCAUGUGGAAUUCUCAUUACCGCUAUACAGUACGCCGGAUUGGUGACCCUUACAUCCACGCCAAUGAACUGUGGACCGGCUAUACGCAGCCUCCUUGGACGUCCCGCCAACGAGAAGCUCGUGUUACUUCUGCCGGUCGGUUAUCCAGCCAAAGACGCCACUAUACCUGAUUUACAGCGGAAAGAUCUGUCCGAGAUCUUAGUCGAGAUCGAUUAACGGAAGUAUUAAGAUAGAUAAAACGCGAUUAACUUGCGCAUCUCACCGUCUCACUUGCGCUAGAAAAAAAUUAGAAUAUUUUAUACGUUUCUCUUCAUUUGCAUGAGGAAAUCGAGAAUGGGAAUAUCUGAAAUAAAUAGUCCAACAUAUAUUUAUGUUAAUGCUAUUUUUAUGAAAAAAUGUUAUAUUUUUCGGAUUACUAACUUUUUUCCUUAUAUCUUACAUUACAUUUUUUGUGGAUAGCAAUUAUUUACUAUAAUCGUAGAGUCGUAGUGCCCCUUGGCUUAAAAACAUCGCUGCCAAUAUUACAAAGUAAAUGAUAAUAUUCGAAAGAAAACCUAAUCCCUGAAAUAUAGCACCUGUUCGUGAGUUA